AUGCGAUCACGUCCUACUCUAUCCACCGUUUCGAGAAAAUCUUUUCGGCAAGUUAUACUGUACCAAUUUUCGAAUAUGUUUCGUGCCACUCACGAGGCAGUUAUUGCAUCACCGCAGGAUUUUCGAGUUUGGACAUUUGAUUUACAACGAAGUCAAUUCGCGGUGAAUUUAGCGAACAAUAUUUUUCAUUUCUCAAGACCGGCAUCACUCACCAAUUUCUUUCAACUUUCGUGUGGAGCUGUCCAUCCCAACUCCCAACAGAAUGAUUAUAAGAUAGCGUUCAAUAAUCGCGUUGACUGGCAAAACGAAAUGGAACGUUGUUGGAAGAUGGCUCUAUCCCAUUGGAGCUUUGUUUGCUUUGAUGAACAGAGUGUAAAUGAGGUACCAAGUUAUCCAUUUUGUGUGGUUGUGCCGAAUACUUUAUAUGGUGCACGUAUUCACGAAUCGUUGAUACCGAAUUGGAAUAACGGUCGAUUUCCAGUGUGGUGUUGGUCAUAUACGAAUGGAAGUGCUAUUUUGCGUUCAUCGAAAUGCUCAAAUGAGAUGCGUUCUUCAGAAUUAUGGAAUAUUGUCGAACACGCAAUUUGUAGAUCACAUCCAAAAAACAGACUUGUCAGUAAAAUUGAUGUCGAUAUAUCAUCAUCAAAAAUCGCCACUUCGUUUGAUCGACUUCGUGAAUUAUGCGCUAUUGAUUCAAUGGCACAAUUCAAAGAACGCGAAAAGGAUUGGUAUUCGCUAGUGGAUAACACUGGCUGGUGUGCACUCGUCUUUAAGUGUCUACUUGAGGCUCGCAAAGUGGUGAAUUUAGUUGUCGAUAAUCAACGUUCCGUGGUUAUUACCGAUGAAGAUGGUUUGAAUGCGUCGGUGGUGGUGUGUUGUUUAGCGCAGAUCUGUGCGGACAGUUAUUACCGCACCAUUGCUGGAUUGAAUCGGUUGAUCGAGAAGGAGUGGAUUGCACUCGGAUAUCCGUUCGGUAGCAAUAUGUUCAACUGCCCUUUCACAUCUCAUCUGCAGCAGAAUCGAUCGUCCACAGCAACGUUCCUUUUAUUUCUGGAUGCAUUGUCACAGUUGCUUCGCUUAUUUCCUGUUUCUUUCGAAUAUUCUCAGUAUAUGCUGAUUGCAUUGUGGGAUCUUUCCAUUACUGGUCUGGCACCCGGAUUAACAUGUAAUUCAAUACGGGAUCGACUAUUACUCAAGAAGACUGCACCAACAUUUCCGUUGUCUCAGUAUUACUCAUCGAAAUAUUGCAUUAUGUUCACGAAUGCUUUGUAUUCGACGAAUAUCCUUUUUGGUUGUGAAGCGAAUACACGUGAUGUGAUAAAACCACCGGCGAGUCCGUUGGAAGUUGAAUUCUGGACUGAUUGCUAUCUGCGAUGGGUUCCAGCUGCUAAUAUUUGCGAAGGUGGCAGUGUAACGCAUGAUGUAGCGCUGAGUGCUGUAUUGGCGUAUACAGCGUCAGCAGUGUGCAACUCUCCUUCGUGUGAGUCGGUUGUAUGGCGUCAACGACUUCAUCCGGCUUUUGAUGCAAAAACAGUAUCAUUUUAG